AUGUACUCUCGCUCUUUGCUAUUGCCGUUGGCAUGGUCGGUGUCGUACCUGUCAGGAGUCAAUGCAGACUGUGAAUCCUAUGGUAUUGACUUUGUCAACAAUGGAAAUUACUUUAUCAAUUCGCAGUCCAACCAAUCUUUUACUUCGGUCACAGAAUUUGCGGGAUGUGCGGUAGAUGUAGCAGCCGUGGAACUGGUCAACUGGGACACCGGUGAUGAGUAUCUGUGCUCGGACAUCCCUCUGCAACCUGACGACACUCCCGAAACCUCAACCUGCGAUAUCGAGAAGGAUCAGAUGAAGAGUGGCACAUGGGGUCUCAUCCUCAUCUCGAACAACGGUGUUGACCCGGAUUCACCACCUUUUGCGAACCAAAGAACCUUCUACCUGACUGUUGGCGCACAAGCCACUUCGACCGUUACACCAACAUUGACCUUUAACAUGACAACCACACCAACAAUCACAUCUCAGACUACAUCCUUCAUCGUAAACACCACCACAGUCAACAACUCCAUGACCGUAACCGUGCCUGCAGCAACACGAUACGUGACAAUCACUCCCCUUCCAACCUACACCACAAAGACAAUUUCUCUCACCCGCACUCUCAAGACUUGGACCCGCACAGCCAUCAUCUACACUGCAACCGCAACAGCCAGCUGCACAGUACCUCCACGCCCUCAACAGCCUGACCCGCCAUGCCGCAGAUGGCCUAGACUUAUCAAGGUCCCCGCCGGCGUCAGCAUCAACGGCAAGAGAGAUGAAGAACUCGAGACUUACGCAUCCGUCAAGAAGCGUCUUGCGGAUAUUCGUGCCAGACGUGCUGCCGAUAUCGAUGCAAGGGACUUGGCCAAGAGAACUGCUGAUGCACCUACCGUCACCAUCACUCAGACCACUUUGACAGUCAACCAGACUAACACUUUCACCGCCGCCCCAACUACCGUUACCAACAUUGUUUUGAGUAGCUCAAUCGUGACUACUACACUACCUCCAGCCACGAUCAAGACCGGCUACGCAAAAGCAUACAUCACUCUUCCUCCCAUCACAAAAACCAAGUUCACAGUUAAUACCGCAUACAUCUGGCAAACCAAGACCAUGACCGCCAAGUUUACAAAGGUCACCACCGUCACACCUACUGGUAUCAUGACUGCCUGCAAGAGCAGGGGCGGCCACUUUGGAAACGGUUGGUAG